GGCGCGCGCUGAUUGGACAGACGCUACUUUCUGCGUUCUGCUGGAGAUACAGGCGAACCGAGCGGAUCAGAGUCCUGGAUCCCGAACCGAGUUCGAGCGCUCGGGCUUUCCGUGGUGGAUCUGCGUGGAAGAUGGCAGAGUUGAGCGCAGUCCGACACGAACUUAGAACCAGAAAUCUGAGCAGUUCUUUCGGGGAGCCUCAGUGUAAAGAUGAGCAACAGAAACUGGCCGUGCCGUUCUGCGGCGGCAUCCGGGGCGGACUGAGACCGGGGAAGAAAAUCACGAUCAUGGGCAUCGUGAAUGCAGAUCCGGACAGAUUUGACAUCAGUCUGACGUGCGGCUGCGGGGACGUCGCUCUGGAUAUGUGCGUGCGGUUCGAAGACCGGGAGAUUUUGCGAAACGCCUGCGUUUCUGAUAGCUGGGGCGAGGAGGAGAGGUCAAUACCCUACUUCCCCUUCAUCGCAGAGCAGCCUUUUAGGGUUGAGAUUCAUUGCGAGCACCCGCGCUUCCGCGUGCUCGUGGAUGGCCAUCAGCUCUUUGACUUCUACCACCGCGUGACGCCGCUGACGGCCAUCGACACCAUCCAGAUCAGCGGCAGUCUGACCAUCACCAAGCUCAACUGACGUCUGCUGCGUGUCGUGAAUCCAGCUUCCCGGCAGCCCGUCCGUUCGGAGCAUUAACGACUGUCUGUGAUAGCGAAGGACGCUCCAGAAUCAUCUAGAACUGAUGAAUUGAUGCAUUUCGAGCUAUAAGGAGGCAUUUCUUUUUAUGAGCAUCACAAUUCUCAGUAGCAUUUUAGCAGAGGUCAACAUGAAAUGCCAUUCGCUUCCAAUUUUGUUUGUUUUUUUUGAGUGCAACGGGAUAUUCAAAUAGAAAAAAAAGGUAGGGCGGGACUUGAUUUUGAUGUAUUUUUGAAGUCCAACCCAUAAGUUUGCAUCAUCCUGGUCCUUUUGUCAAAAACUCAAUAGGAUUUCCCAUUGGCUUUUGGAUUAUUGCAGAAAAAAAGCUCUGUGAAUCAUUUUGUUCAAUAUGAUAAUCUUGACAAUCAAUUUUGAAUCCUAAACAUCCUAAAUCACCAAAAGUAAAAAACUAAAUGUAAACUAACUACAACGAGAUCAUGUAACUUCAACAUUUUCGCUGAAAGUUUGAGU